CCUGGUGAUUGUCUAAUUCUUUUCUCUUUCUCUGCCCCUCUGACUCUUCUUCCUCUUUAUUCUGUCCAUCAGUUUUGUUGGAUUUCAGAAGAUUUUUAAGGCAGCAAAAUCUCAGAAGCAGGCCCCGUUGGGUUUCCUUAUUUGAAGUACUAAUGUCAGAGGAUAUGAAUCUAUCAGUGAAUGGUCAGUCUCAGGUCCCUCCAGGGUUCCGAUUCCAUCCUACAGAAGAGGAGCUUCUGCACUACUAUUUGAGGAAGAAGGUGGCCUAUGAGAAGAUAGACCUGGAUGUGAUUCGUGAUGUUGAUCUUAAUAAGCUUGAGCCCUGGGAUAUUCAAGAGAAAUGUAAAAUAGGAUCCACUCCACAGAAUGAUUGGUACUUCUUCAGUCACAAAGAUAAGAAGUACCCCACAGGGACAAGAACAAAUCGCGCCACCGCAGCAGGGUUCUGGAAAGCCACUGGGCGCGAUAAGGUUAUCUACAGUAGCUUUAGAAGAAUUGGAAUGAGGAAGACACUGGUUUUCUACAAGGGUCGAGCCCCACAUGGACAAAAGUCCGAUUGGAUCAUGCAUGAGUACAGGCUUGAGGAGAACACCCCAGUUCAUGACACCAUGGCAUCCAAUUCACUGGGAGAGUCCAUGCCAGAAGAUGGUUGGGUGGUCUGCCGCGUUUUCAGAAAGAAAAACUACCAGAAGACCUUGGAGAGCCCUAAAAGCACAUCAAACUCUAUGGAUUCAAGGACCCAGAUGCUCAAUUCAAGCAACGAUGGGGUUCUAGAUCAGAUACUUUCCUACAUGGGAAGGACUUGCAAGCAGGAAAAUGAAGCAAUCAGCAACGUGAACUUCUCUGACAGCAACAACACCAUGAGGUUUCUCAACCAAAACAACACAGGCAUCAGCGAGGGUCUCCAAGAAAGGUUUAUGCAUCUUCCAAGGCUGGAGAGCCCAACUCUUCCUUCUCUGCCCAACAACAGCUCACACUUUGAUCAGGAACGGUGUUUUAAUAUUGCUUGCUUGCAAUCAAUUGAUGAGAUGCUCAGAGGAAGUGAGCCUUCCUCUGAGAACCAAGGCAGUGGGUGUAACACCAUCCCAGUUCAUGACCCCAAAGCUGGGCUCAAUGACUGGGUUGCCUUUGACAGGCUGGUGGCUUCUCAGCUCAAUGGUCAAGUGGACACCAAGCAACUCUCCUGUUUCAGUACAGACCCCAACAUGGGUUUCUGCCUUUCUCCUGACCAUGAUGUAGAAUUAUCACACCUACGUUCGAGUAGACCGAAUCCAAACCCCCAGAACUAUAACAGCGAGAUGGAUCUGUGGAACUUCACUCGAUCAUCCUCCUCCUCCUCAUCAGACCCAUUAGGCCAUUUGUCGGUAUAACAGAUCAACCGCUUGAGAUAUCAUAUGUUUUAGCUAGCUAGAUAAUACUGUGUAUUGCAUAAAUAACCGUGGUGAUUUCUGAGAUGUAGCAGCAUUGCCAACCAUUAUCCCUACUUAAUUAAUAACAUCUUCCAUUUCACCAUUGUUGAUGAA